UGAGCCUUAGGGUUUCUUAUAUGAUUUAUGACCGCCUCUAGAAGAACACAACAAUCACAAUAUUCAUUCAUACAUUCACCAAUCGCACAAAACUGAGGCUCAGCUUCUUAAUCGCUUCUUCCAAAUUCUUCAUCAAACUAGCAUGUUCUCUUACUCCAAAGAUUUUUGAUGCUUAGAGCGAUAAAGAGAGCUGCCCAGUCCGUUCAUAAAAUAAAUAGAGGCAGAUACGUGGAAGUGAGUAGAAAUGGGCCAAUUGUCCCGGUUGGACCAAAUACCCAUCACUGCCGGUUCUACAUGCCGUAUAAGCUUCAUAGUGAAGCACAUAGUUCAUUUUGGGGGCUUGCGACAAGGGAAAGCUUUAACAAAUGCGGUUCUUUUAGAAAAUUUUCUGUAAGCUCAGCAAGUAAUGAAUUUACACACCAUUCUCAGAUUGCUUGGAAAAGGCUGUACAGAAAGUACUGUUCCAGUGGUGAUAGUAGUAGAUUUUCUCCCACCAUAAAUAUGAUUGCUCAGGCAGUGAGCUUGGCUUUGACUCGCUCUUAUUUGCUGGUACCUGGUAUUUUUGCAUUUACAUGUGGAGAGCUUGCAUUGUCCCAGCGAAGUUGGGGAGAUGCAGAACGUUACCAACCACAGGAAGGAUUGUAUAUGCGUGCACAAGAUGGGUAUAAUUACAUGUUUACAUUUACGUUCAUGAUAGUUGAAGGUUUUGUCUUAUUAGCGAGGGCUCUAUAUCUAGCAAUAUUAUUCACUCCAACCAUUGUGAUGGGACCGUUUGCAGAUUAUUUUGGACCAAAUUUUAGGAAACUGUGGCUCCGCGUUGUUCAUCGAACUCUAGAAAAAGCAGGUCCUGCUUUCAUAAAAUGGGGUCAGUGGGCAGCUACGCGACCUGAUCUUUUUCCUCGAGAUCUAUGCACUCAGCUUUCUGAACUUCAUAGUAAAGCUCCUGAGCAUAGUUUCAGUUACACAAAGAAAACCAUUGAAAAAGCAUUUAACCGAAAACUUCCCGAAAUUUUUGACAAUUUUGAAGAGAUUCCUGUUGCAUCUGGAAGCAUUGCCCAAGUGCACCGUGCUACAUUAAAAUAUCGUUAUCCUGGUAAACAAGCAAAACCGCUGGUGGUUGCCGUGAAGGUUAGACAUCCCGGUGUGGGAGAAUCAAUCAGAAGGGAUUUUGCUAUUAUCAAUACGGCAGCAAAAAUUUCCAUGUUCAUUCCCGCUCUUAAGUGGUUAAGAUUAGAUGAGAGUGUACAACAGUUUGCAGUUUUUAUGAUGUCCCAAGUUGACCUUGCUAGGGAAGCUGCUCAUUUGAACCGCUUCAUUUAUAAUUUCCGCAGCUGGAAGGACGUUUCUUUCCCUAAGCCUGUCUAUCCACUUGUGCACCCUGCUGUAUUGGUAGAAACAUAUGAAAAAGGAGAAAGUGUCUCACGUUAUGUUGAUGGUUUUCAAGGACAAGAACAUUUUAAAUCUGCUCUUGCUCAUAUCGGGACUCAUGCACUUUUGAAGAUGCUUCUGGUGGACAACUUCAUUCAUGCAGAUAUGCAUCCUGGGAAUAUCCUUGUUCGGGGCAAGUCUAGCAAACGACUUUUCAGAUCAAAGCCUCAUGUAAUUUUCUUAGACGUAGGCAUGACUGCUGAACUCUCUGGUAGUGAUAGGGUAAAUUUACUGGAAUUUUUCAAAUCUGUUGCCCGCCGGGAUGGCCGUACCGCUGCAGAAUGCGCACUCAGUUUAUCAAAGAAACAGAAUUGUCCUAAUCCAAAGGCUUUCAUUGAGGAAGUGGAAGAGGCGUUUACUUUUUGGGGCACCCCAGAAGGUGACAUAGUUCAUCCUGCAGAGUGCAUGGAGCAAUUACUUGAGAAAGUCAGGCGUCAUAGAGUUAAUAUUGAUGGUAAUGUUUGUACUGUCAUGGUGACGACCUUGGUUCUUGAGGGUUGGCAGCGAAAGCUUGAUCCUGGGUACGAUGUGAUGCAGACGCUGCAGACUUUGCUGCUUAGAGCUGAUUGGGCAAAGGACCUUUCUUACACAAUUGAUGGACUCAUGGCUCCUUGAUUAGAGGAGGUUUUUUUUAUUCGUUGUUAAGGCUCUUGAGAAACAAUUUUGACAACAUAACCCCCAAAACAUCUCAGUGUCCUAAGGGCUCCCUCAAGACUGCCGUUUCUUUGUUUUUUUUUUAAAUAUUCUUUGAAAAAUCUAUCCCUGUAUUUGUUUAAUUUCCAACAGAAAUUUUAUGAGAAUCACAGUUUACGAGUAAAAUAGAUGUAGAAAGAAUAAAGCAGCGACUAGUUCUCUCCCUCCUUUAUCCCCUACUUUGUAGUUGUAGCUCCACGAUGAACCAAGAAAGGUAUUGGGAAUUUGCCUAUAAAACUGCUAUAUUA